CGCGCCGGCCCUGCUAGGUCCCGCCCUGUGUCUGCCUGCCCGCCUCCUUUUUAAGCGCCUCCCGCCCAGUUUUAGCUCCCUCUCGCUUCUGGACUUCGCCGUUUCGCCGCGCUCUCCCCUUCCCUGCCUUCCAUAUCUCCCGGGCUCGGUUCCGUCCUCGUGGCCAUCCCAGGUGCCAUGGCCGCUGUGUAUCGUCCUGGCCUGCGGCUUAGCUGGCAUGGGCUGAGCCCCUGUGGCUGGUCUUCACGGCGUAGCAUCCAGACCCUGCGUGUACUCAAUGGAGAUCUGAACCAGCUGCCUGCUGGAGUUCGAGACUUCGUGGAUCGCAGUGCCCGUCUGUGCCAACCAGAGGGCAUCCACAUCUGUGAUGGGACUGAGGCCGAGAACACUGCCACACUGACCCUCCUGGAGCAGCAGGGACUCAUUCGGAAGCUCCCCAAAUACAAUAACUGCUGGCUGGCCCGCACAGACCCCAAGGAUGUGGCACGAGUAGAGAGCAAGACGGUGAUUGUAACUCCUUCUCAACGGGACACAGUGCCCCUGCCGACUGGUGGGGCCCGAGGGCAGCUGGGCAACUGGAUGUCCCCAGCUGAGUUCCAAAAAGCUGUGGAUGAGAGAUUUCCAGGCUGCAUGCAGGGCCGAACCAUGUACGUGCUACCAUUCAGCAUGGGUCCCGUGGGCUCCCCACUGUCACGCAUCGGCGUGCAACUCACUGACUCAGCCUACGUCGUGGCAAGCAUGCGUAUUAUGACCCGGCUGGGGACGCCAGUGCUUCAGGCCCUGGGAGAUGGUGACUUUGUCAAGUGUCUGCACUCUGUGGGCCGGCCCCUGACUGGGCAAGGGGAGCCGGUGAGCCAGUGGCCAUGCAAUCCAGAGAAAACCCUGAUUGGCCACGUGCCUGACCAGCGGGAGAUCGUCUCCUUCGGCAGCGGCUAUGGUGGCAACUCUCUGCUGGGCAAGAAGUGCUUUGCCCUUCGCAUCGCCUCUCGGCUGGCCCGGGAUGAGGGCUGGCUGGCGGAGCACAUGCUGAUUCUGGGUAUCACCAGCCCUGCAGGGAAGAAGCGCUAUGUGGCAGCUGCCUUCCCCAGUGCCUGUGGCAAGACGAACCUGGCCAUGAUGCGGCCAGCACUGCCAGGCUGGAAGGUGGAGUGUGUGGGAGACGACAUCGCCUGGAUGAGGUUUGACAGUGAUGGUCGACUCCGGGCCAUCAAUCCUGAGAAUGGUUUCUUUGGGGUGGCUCCUGGUACGUCUGCCACCACCAAUCCCAAUGCCAUGGCUACAAUCCAGAGUAACACUCUUUUCACCAACGUGGCUGAGACCAGUGAUGGCGGCGUGUAUUGGGAGGGCAUUGACCAACCUCUCCCACCUGGUGUCACCGUCACCUCCUGGCUGGGCAAGGCCUGGAAACCUGGUGACAAGGAGCCCUGUGCACAUCCCAAUUCUCGUUUUUGUGCCCCGGCUCGCCAGUGCCCCAUCAUGGACCCCGCCUGGGAGGCCCCUGAGGGUGUCCCCAUUGAUGCCAUCAUCUUUGGAGGCCGCAGACCCAAAGGAGUACCCCUGGUAUAUGAGGCCUUCAACUGGCGCCACGGAGUGUUUGUGGGCAGUGCCAUGCGCUCUGAGUCCACUGCUGCAGCUGAACACAAAGGGAAGGUCAUCAUGCACGACCCAUUUGCCAUGCGGCCCUUUUUUGGUUACAACUUUGGGCGCUACCUAGAACACUGGCUGAGCAUGGAGGGGCGCAAGGGGGCUCGGCUGCCGCGCAUCUUCCAUGUCAACUGGUUCCGGCGGGACGAGGCAGGCCGCUUCCUGUGGCCAGGCUUUGGAGAGAAUGCUCGGGUGCUAGACUGGAUCUGCCGGCGGCUAGAUGGGCAGGACAGUGCCCAAGAGACACCCAUCGGGCUGGUGCCAAAGGAAGGCGCCUUGGAUCUCAGUGGCCUAGGAGCUGUAGACACUACCCAGCUGUUCUCGCUCCCUAAGGACUUCUGGGAACAGGAGGUUCGUGAUAUUCGGAACUACCUGACAGAGCAGGUCAACCAGGAUCUGCCCAAAGAAGUGUUGGGUGAGCUGGAGGCCUUGGAGGGACGUGUGCGCAGAAUGUGACAACCUGAGGUUCCAGGCUAGCCCGAGAGCACAGCACCACCCUACCCUCCACCCCCAUCUAGGAAUAGGAGAACCACCAGGCUUGCAGAAAAUAUGACCUAUUUGAUAUAACUAACAUCUUCUGGGUGUUGUGAGACCAGGCCACAGGCAUUCCCCCAUGCGCUGUCCAAUAAGAGAUACUCAUUUAUUUUAUGUAACAUUUGUGUUUUCAUUUCCCACCUAUCUUCGCAGGCUUUCCUCUAACACCAAUUUCACAAUGUUUUUCCAGCCCCUCCAAGCUGCUGAUGCCCCACAGGCAGCUGGGGGCCAUCAGGGGGCCAUCUAAGUAAGAAUUGCUGAGAGAAGGGACUAUACUCUGUGUCCUGAGGUCUUAAAAAGAUGAGCGCCUCUGCAAGCUGCUCAGUACAGCCUCCAAGCCUAAAAUUCUCGAUUGCCCACUCUAUAACCCCAUUCUCCAGUGAAGUGGUCCGUCGUUGAUUUCUCAAACCUGUUCUUCCUCCUGCCUGACCUCAUGUUGGGGCUCAUAAAAUAUUCAUUAAAAAAAGCUUAUUCAGUAUUAAGACAGCUAACACUUCUAUAACACUUUUGUGUGCCAGGCACUGUUCUAAGCACAUUACAAAACAACCCUUUGAGGCAGGUACCGUUUUACAGAUGAAGAAACAAAAGCACAGUAAAGUCAAGUAAUUGCCCAAGGUCACACAGUAGAGCCAAGAGGAAACGGUAACUGCAGAGACAUGUCUCUCAAAGCAGCAUAGACCCAUAGAAUCGUAAGGACCUUAGAAGUCACCUAUUCCAUGCUUCUCAAACUUUAAUGUGCCUAUGAAUCACAGGGAACUUACUAAAAUGUAGAUUCUUAUUCAGCAAGUCUGGGGUAGCCCGGAGAUUCUGUUUUUUCUUACAAACUCCUGGGUGAUGCUAAUGCCGUUACAGGGACCAUAGUUUGGCAAGGCCUUGCCCUAAACUCUGAAACCAACCUUAGAGAGAAACCACAAAAAGAGCGAUGGUCCUACACGAGUCAGGGGCAUCAGCUGAGGAUAAUUUCACCCGUGAGGUGCAGCAAGGCUGAGUGAAUGUAUACACUGAGGUGGAUAAGAUGUGAAUCUGUACCCUGAAAAUGAGAACAAACUUCAGCAAAUAACUUGGAAUUACUGGGAAUUCCCUCAAAAGAAAACACUGGAGGGAAGACCCAGUGUUCUAGAAAACAGCCAAUCACCAGCUACAAUGUGUUAAGAGCAGAAAAGAAUCUAAAGGUCAGAGUGGAUCAUAUGCUAAAAUACACUGAGCAAUGGAGGCCAUUGUACUUAAAAAUAUAUACCCAAGUCCUCUGCUGCAUAAAGAGCAUGUGAUGACUGAAACAGUAUGAUCAGAGGCAGCAUAACAGAUGUGAGGCACGUAGUGCUCUCAAGCCUGGGGUGCCUCUCAGUUUCUUUAUCUGUAAAAUGCACAUGUGCCUACACCUCAGUGUCGUUAGGAUUAAGAAUGGAACUAGGCACUCAGAACUACGCCUGGCAUGGAGUAACCAUUUGAAUAUAUGUUAGCUGUCCUUAACUUUCCAUUCUCUAUUGAAUAUAGUAGGCCCUGUACGUCUGUAUUAUAUACUGCUGACUCUACAGUUUAAGAGGAAGAUGAGCAAUGAAAAUAAAAUUCAGGGGAGAAAGAAAAUGGGUUUGGAAGUAAGUCCCUCCAGGAAAGAGGCGGAAACAGGGGUUCUAGGCACCUUUCUGGUCUCUAAAUGCACAGUGAUGUGAAGGUGUUAGCCUUAAAAAUGAUUUUGUCAAUUAGAAUAAAGUUGGUCUGCAUGCCCUAUAGCUCACGAUAAAUAAAAUAUAGAUAACACAUUUUAAUUAACUUUUUACAAAUAAAACAGAAACAGAAAACCAUA